ACAACGCGUUCCACAUCUUCGUGAUAUCGGGAAGCCAUAUCUCAAAAUGGAAAUACCUAUUAAACAAUUGAGUGGAAAACGAGGGGUUAUUGGAGUCCUGGUAAUCUGCCUACCGCUCCUCUGCAUUAGUUACCACAGCGCUCAAUUGGCAGUGAAGCAGCAGUUUCGAGUGUCAGAAACAUUAAGCGCCGCCAAACGCCAGCUCAUUCCAGACAAAAAGGGAGACACCAAGAAUCAGGAGAUUAUAAUUUCAGAACGGGUGAAGGCGAUGAAUGACUAUUGCAAUACUUUGGACCAACAAAUCCUUCAAAAAACUGUUCACGGAAAAAACUCUCCUUACUUUCAUUUAUACGUAGAUGAUAAACAUAAAUUCAUAUUCUGCACAAUUGCGAAAGUGGCGUGUUCGAACUGGAAAAGGCUGAUGCUCGGAUUAGCUGGAUUAAAGGACCCAUUUAGACGCCGCUCGAUUCAUGUUCACGAUGACCCCGAGCUUCUACAUAUGAAAUUAUUAAGUUACAGUCCAAAUGAAAUAGAAUACAGGCUGAAACAUUACACCAAAGCAAUCCUUGUCCGUCAUCCAUUGGAGCGGACGAUAUCAGCAUAUCGAAAUAAAUUUAAUGAGUCAUCAGGUCGAACACCAUCUAGCAGGAUAUACAGACCAAAGAUUAUCAGAAAAUAUCGUCCUGAUUUACCUGAGAAAGCUAUACGAGAAGGAGCACGAGUGACAUUUCAAGAGUUUGUUCGUUACCUCACACAUCCGUUAGAUUUCCCGGAACUUGAGCCAUGGGAUCAUAUGAACGUACAUUGGGAGCCCUACAUUACAUCUUGCGACCCAUGUGCUGUGCGUUAUGAUAUUGUUGCAAAAUAUGAGACACUUGACGAGGACGUAAGUUUUAUCCUGAACAAAAUUAACGCCUCAGAUAUGAUAAGAUGGCCGAAGCGGAGCGAGUAUUACAACAAAAUACCAACAUCACAAAUUGUCUCGGAGGCACUUAAAGAUAUUUCGUCCGAGAAUUUAAAGGCUCUUAAUGCUAUUUAUUACCAUGACUAUAAAAUGUUCGGUUAUGAAUUUCAAGAAAAAGAAUAUUGAUAAUGGCCAGGCCCGUUGAUUUUAAAAGAAGUAUCUUGACCGAGAGAACUGGGAUAAGUCAUUAUGAACUUCUGCAAGCAAGCCUACACGGGAUAGAUCACUUCGUAAAUCGAACAGCUACUUUAAUAUUUUGAGUUAAGAUCUUCCUCAGUUUUGUGUACAUGUGAUAUUUAACUGUACAAGCCCUUCGGCGAUAAUGGCUCACUGUGAGAAAUGAUUGCUAUAAUGUUGUCAACAGGGACUGGACCAAUUGGUUCACUUACUGAAUCCAAGAUGGCGGACCACCAGACUAAAAUGCGAGUACUAAUUGAAGAGCUUAGAAGUAUAAUCAGGCUAAGGCACAUUUUAAACCCUAUAUUUGGAGAAAAAUGCAAAAAUAUGAAAAAAAUCUUCACAUUCCCUGGAAACACGCAAGUGAUGAUUUCUAGAUAUCGCUGAAUCAUUAAGAGGCACAGAUUAUAUGUGUUGAAAGCAUUUGCUUCUUUAAGGGUAUAAAUACUGCAAAAUGUGCAUAAACCAAGAAGGGUUGUUACAACUAGUUACACUACGGACUUAGUGAUAAGGCCUCGUCCCAUCGCCCUUACCGGCCACUACGA